GGUGCGGGUCUUUUCAGCAUCCAAAAUGGCGGCUUGGAAAGAUUUCCUCCUACGGGAAGGUUACGAAAACCUCUCGGAAGCGAAAAAGUACGCAGAAGAGCUAUCAAAUGAUGAUCCAGAAGACGAACCAUACAGAUCACUUUAUAAGGCACGCGAAAAUUACAAGACUGUAAAGAAAGUUUUGAAGAAAUUUGCUGACAAACGCCAUGCUGAUGAGGAUUUGCAGUUUCUCUGGGCAGCUCUUGAAUUAAAACUUGGUAUCAAUUAUACCAGCACAGAGGAACAAGGAACUGGAGAAGAACACUUGCAGAAAUGUCUGGAAAAGAUGGAGGAUUUUAAAUUAACUCUGAAAGGUACGGGUAUAUACCUGGAAGCACUGAACAAUAUGGGAAUUCUGUUGACAGGGAGGAGAAAGCCUGACGAGGCUCUGGAAUAUUUUAAACAAGCAGAAUUGCUGUACAUAGACUUUAAAAAUGUGAUUGGUGGAGCACCGUGGAUGGUUGACGAGUUUCUGUCUCCUCCAAGAGAUGAUAUGGACAAGUUAGAGUUUGAACGAGCCACGCAUUUGGAGAGUACAUAUACCCAUACGUUAUUCUAUUUUGCACAGGUUUAUCAACAUCUUGGUCAGGCAGAUGUGUCAGCGCAAUACUGUCAUUUCACACUGCAGAGGCAGUUGGACUCGCACAACUUAGAUUCUUUGGACUGGAGUCUGCAGGCAGCAACUUUAUCACAGUAUUACAUGACUGAGAGGGAUUUUACAAUGUCUCGUCAUUGUUUAGCCAGUGCUGAAGUUAUCUUUGAACAAGCUGAAGCAAAUAAUGUGAACUGUCCUGAUGAGAUGAAGGAAAAAAUCAAUCAAGCAAAAGCAGAUAUUCAGCGAUGCUGGAUUAAAUAUGGAUUAGGUUUGCUUGAAUAUUCAAAAGAAAAACAGUUAGAAGAAUUAGCUAGUCAGUCAGAAGGUGAAGAAGGGGAGACAGACAAAAGGAGCGGGUCGGCUGCAAGCGGAACUCAGAGCAAUGCUAGUACAUCAACAAGUGGGCAAGCUACUAGCAAUGCAGACAGUUCCCAGAAUGAAGGAUCUGUUAGUAGCACUAGCACUCCAAGAAAUGUUGAAAAUGAUCAAAUCAAACAGGAUGACAGUGAAGCUAGUCAGCCAGAAGAUAAUAGUAAUGCAGAGUCUCAAAAUACUGAAGCUACUGGAACUAAUGAAAAUGAGGGUGAAAGUCAAAAUGUUGCUGAAAGUAAUCAAAAUGUAGAAAAAAGUGUGCUUGAUUCAGAGCAGAGAAGAAAAAUCGAAAGGGAGAAGCAGGUUCAUGAAAGGUUUAAUCUAGAAGUAACUUCCCAUGAGGAAAAGGUAACUGAUAAGCCUCUACCAAACUUCGAGGAAGCUAGAGUUGUCUUUCUUUUAAUAAAGAAAUGGAUAGAAGGAGCUAAAGAAUUCUACAAGUUUGAUUAUCACUGUCCGGACUAUGUUUCCAUAGUACAGGAUCACAGCUUGUCAUUCAAAUUCUUGUCAUAUUUUGAACCUGACUUAGAAAGGCAGUGUAAGAUGCACAAGAGAAGAAUUGAUAUGUUAUCCGAAGUCCUGAAAGAGCUUAGUAUUCAGCACUAUCUUUUAGUCUGUCGACAGCUGAUGUUUGAAAUCGCUGAUACAUAUAGCGCCAUGUAUGAUCUUAAGCUAGCAAUAAUGGAAGCAUCCGGUGAGGGUUCACGUCCAACUCCACACCAUGUGAAAAAAUUGAAUUCUCUAACAAGCGAGAGCAUAAAGUACUAUCAGGAUUACCUGAAUACUCUCAAGGGAGGUAAACCAGUUUAUCCGGAUGAGUUUCCAGUUAACGAUGUUAGGCCAGGAUUGGUGGCGAUGUUCUGUAUGGGUCGAUUGUUCUCUAAGUUCCUUACAGGUGAUGUGCAAACUCGCCUACUGAACAUUAAGAAAAGCAAGGAUUGUUACCAGUUUAUAGUGGACUACUGCAAAAGAAAUCCUUCUGCGGCAACACUUGUUGAAAGUGAACUGGAUAUAUGUAAGGAAAUGGUUCAGCUUCUUCCAGCUAAAAUGGAAAAAAUCCGUUUACAGUCAGAGAUAUAGGGCAGGUUUAGUGAUGCAUAGUGCAGGCAUCAAAUUGGCAUCCAUGCAUGUCAGACAGUUGUUCUUAAGGAUUUUGUUACUUUAAAGAGUUCCAUUCUGUUGUAAUUGAAAUGUUGCAUAUGAGAAAGCUUGUUGUUAAGUUAUAAAUGUUAUAUUGUAGUUAAGUUUAAAAAGGCCAACCUUUAAAAAAGUGUUUGUUUGACCACUAUGCUUCAGCUCAGAAUUUACGAGGCUGGUAAUUAGUUGAUUUUUGUUGUUGUUAUACUUUUUUUCCAUCAAUACAGAGCUGUGAAAACAGAAAACUAAGUCUUAUGUUUAACAUAACUUAGGUCAAAAAUUGUAAUAAAUUUAAGGUAUGACCCACCUAAUGGUGAAUAUUUCAAAUGUUCAAAACAGUGUUACAGCAAUAUAUUGUAUCCAGUGAGAGACUUGUUUGCAAAAUUUAAACAACUUUUAUCGUGCUGUUUUUUUUUAAAAAUAAAUUUUGUAUAAUUCAUGAUAUUUCCUCAGGCUCAAGUAGAGACAACUUUCAAAUUGAUUGCCACUGUCCAAAAUGUUUGCAGAGAAUUUAUUAUACCAUUAGUUUUUAUAAAAGAAACAUCAAAUUAUUGGUAAACAAUUAUAAAACACAAUAAAACUGUGAAUAUCAUUUUCUAGGGUGCCUCCGGUAAAAGGAAUUAAUGAGACAGAAUUCUAACUCCAACAUUGAAAAAUUAAGGUCAAGUCCUGUGGGACUGUUUUAAACUUUGCUCACUUCAUUCAGAAAUAACCUUGGGGCAGAUACAUUCCUUCCACAGUAUGAAAUCUAAAGAGUAAAGGCAAAAUAAAGAACUUUUACCACAUGUAACUCAGUAUUUUUAAAGAUGUCUAACUCUGCCCCCUUCUGUUUUUAGAGGUAAAUUCACUUUGAACAGCAAGAAAUCACUUACGAAAUGAAAUUUUUUUACUCGUACGAUAAAUCUUAGUCUUGAAACAUAAAGUAAAAACUUAUUAGCAAAAAGGAAUAUAAGGGGGAAAAAUUGGUCCCAAUGUGGCUUGAACCUAUGCCCCUUGAAAAAUUUAAGUCAGAAUAGGUUUAUUGUAGGAAUUGAAUACUAAUCAAAAGGAGGUAUACUAUUACAUGGGAAUACCUUAAGUCAUCAUGUUUGAAAGGUGAUACAUUAUUUGACUUUUGUGCAGAAAAAGUCUAUUUCAGAAGUAAAAUUAGAAUGUGAUUGAGGUGUUGGUAGGUGCAAUGCAAACAAGCAUUUUUUAAAAGGAUGGCAUUCUUCACUUUAUGUAUGAGGUAUUAAUUUUUAUUCUGGCCUAUUUAUAUCUUUUCUGUUUUUAGCUCACCUGAGCACAAAGUCAUGGUGGGAUUUUAGUAUCAUUGGAUGUCCAUCGUACAUCUAUGUUCAUAAAUUCUUUAAAGAACAUCUCCUAGACCACUGAGUCAUUUUCAACCAAACUUGAAACUUCCCUCUUGUCAGAAAAAUGCUGGCCUAAUUUCAAAACAAGGCAGUCUGAAAGACAGCUAUAUCCCCCGCCACUGCUAUGGAUAGUGAAAGGGUAAACCUUUGAUUUUAGCUGUGACCUUGACCUUGAACUGACAUGGCUGACUCAUGAAUUCUGCACAACGUCUUGAUGAGGUGAUCAUUUGACCCAAGUUUCAUGAAAAUCCUUCAAGGGGUUUAGGAGAUACAGAGCUGAAACCUUUGACCUUCAGUUGUGACCUUGACCUUGAGUUGACAUGGCUGACUCAUGAGUUCUUGAUGAGGUGAUCAUUUGACCUAAGUUUGAUGAAAAUCCUUCAAGGGGUUUUGGAGAUACAGAGUGGACACAAAAUGGAAGGCUCAAACCUUCGACCCUUAGUUGUGACCUUGACCUUGAGCUGGCAUGGUUGACUCAUAAUUUCUGCACAUCGUUCUGAUGAGGUAAUCAUUUUACCCAAGUUUUAUAAAAUUCCUUCAAGGGGUUUAGGAGAUAUAGAGCGGACACGAAAUGGAGGGCUCAAACCUUUGACCCUAAGCUGUGACCUUGACCUUGAGCCGGCAUGACUGACUCAUUGGUUCUGCAUAUCGUCUAGAUGAGGUGAUCAUUUGACCCAAGUUUGAUAAAAUUCCUUCAAGGGGUUUAGGAGAUAUAGAGCGGACACAAAAUGGAAGGCUCAAACCUUUGACCUUGAGUUGUGACCUUGACCUUGAGCAGACAAGGCUGACCCAUGGGUUCUGCACAUCGUCUUGAUGAGGUGAUCAUUUGACCCAAGUUUCAUGAAAAUCCUUCAAGGAGUUUAGAAGAUAUAGAGCGGACACAAAAUGGAAGGCUCAAAACCUUUGCCCUAAGUUGUGACCUUGACCUUGAGCCGGCAUGGCUGACUCAUGGGUUCUGCACAUCGUCUUGAUGAGGUGAUCAUUUGACCCAAGUUUUAUAAAAUUCCUUCAAGGGGUUUAUGAGAUAUAGAGCGGACACAAAAUGGCAGGCUCAAACCUUUGACCUUGAGUUGUGACCUUGACCUUGAACUGACAAGGCUGACUCAUGGGUUCUGCACAUCGUCUUGAUGAGGUGAUCAUUUGACCCAAGUUUCAUGAAAAUCCUUCAAGGGGUUUAGGAGAUAUGGACCGGACACGAUUUUGUUACGGACGGACGGAAAGACGGAAGGACGGACGGACGCAGACCAUUCCUAUAAUCCCUCCGCCACGGCGGGGGAUUAAUGAUACCACAGAUAUUUUCCUUGUGUGACCCACUACAAAAUUGUUCAAGCAAGCUGUGCAAAUUGUGUUAAGUCUUGACAUUUUUCUGGUAGUAUAGAUUUUGUGUUUUGUUUUGGUUUAAAAGGAUUAAAUUAUAAAACUACA